UUUAUCCAAAGCCGGUGGUAUUCUGCGGUAUUCGAACGUACUUUUGUAAAAAUAUAAUAUUUUUUCGAGUUGUGAGAACACGAUAUUUUUAAGAUAAGUUGAUAUGGAGCUCACAGAUGACAAUUUGCUCACACUUACCGAAUAUCUAAAGCAUACACUUAGCCCGGACGUAAAUGUCAGACGACCAGCCGAAAAGUUUUUAGAAUCUGUUGAAAUUAAUCAAAACUAUCCACUACUUCUUCUACAUCUGGUAGACAAGUCUGAAAUCAAUAUAACUAUUAGAAUAGCCGGUGCAGUUGCUUUUAAAAAUUAUGUGAAACGUAAUUGGAAAGUGGAAGAAGAUUCAGUGGAUCGUAUACAUGCACAAGACAGGGAUGCUAUAAAAAAGCUGAUUGUUAACUUGAUGUUACAUUCACCUGACUCGAUUCAGAAACAGUUAUCCGAAGCUGUUUCCAUUAUUGGAAAGUAUGACUUUCCAAAUAAGUGGCCAGACCUUAUAGACCAAAUGGUUCAGAAAUUUAAUACAGGAGAUUUUCAUGUAAUUAAUGGUGUUUUACACACUGCUCACUCCUUGUUUAAAAGAUAUAGGUACGAGUUUAAAAGUCAAAGUCUGUGGACUGAAAUAAAAUUUGUAUUAGACCAAUUUGCUAAACCCUUAACAGAUUUGUUUGUUGCUACAAUGAAUUUAACAGAAGUUCAUGCCCACAAUGUAGAUGCGUUGAAAGUGGUGUACAGUUCAUUAGUAAUUUUAUCAAAAGUGUUCUACUCUCUUAAUUUUCAAGAUUUACCAGAAUUUUUCGAAGAUCAAAUGGCUGUUUGGAUGAAGAAUUUUCAUACGCUGUUAAACACCAAUGUUCCGUCGUUACAACCUGCGGAUGACGAAGAACCAGGAGUAAUUGAACAAUUAAAAUCACAAGUUUGUGAUAAUGUUGGCCUUUAUGCACAGAAGUAUGACGAAGAAUUUCAACCGUAUUUACCCGAAUUUGUAACGGCUAUAUGGAAUUUGCUUACGUCUACAGGACAGCAAACAAAAUAUGAUGCUUUAGUUUCGAAUGCCUUGCAGUUUUUAGCGACCGUGGCGGAUCGUACACAAUACAGACAUCUGUUCGAGGACCCAACUACUUUGAGUAGUAUUUGUGAAAAAGUUAUAAUACCUAAUAUGGAAUUUAGAGAAUCGGAUAACGAGCUAUUUGAAGAUAAUCCUGAAGAAUACAUCAGACGAGAUAUUGAAGGCAGUGAUGUGGACACAAGAAGGCGUGCGGCAUGCGACUUGGUUAAAGUACUUUCCACGUCUUUCGAAGCAAAAAUAAUGGAAAUAUUUGGCGCGUACAUACAGGUCAUGUUGCAAAAUUAUGCGGAUAAACCGGCUGAAAAUUGGCGAAGCAAAGAUGCUGCGAUUUAUUUAGUAACUAGCAGUGCGAGUAGAGCUCAAACGCAGAAACACGGUGUUACCCAAAGCAGUGAACUUGUUCCAUUGCCCCAAUUUGCGAUGCAACAAAUUGAACCUGAAUUGCUUAAACCAAAUGUAAACGAGUUCCCAGUACUUAAAGCGGAUGCAAUCAAAUUUAUAAUGACAUUCAGAUCAAUAUUACCGAGGGAAAUGGUCGUUGGUAGUUUACCACAAUUAAUCAGGCAUUUAAGUGCCACGAACAUCGUUGUUCACACGUAUGCUGCUUGUGCAAUUGAAAAAGUGCUCGCGUUGAAAGGACCUGAUAAUUUGCCUCUAGUUAAAGGAAAUGAUUUAUCGUCUUUGGCAGCAGAUUUAUUAAAAGGCCUAUUUGCGUGUUUAAAUAUGCCUGGCUCGGAAGAAAACGAAUACGUAAUGAAAGCUAUCAUGAGGUCUUUCGGCACCCUACAAGAGAUUGUUGUGCCAUUCUUGGCGGAUCUCUUGCCGAAACUUACGGAGAAGCUCGCUCUUGUAUCCAGAAAUCCGAGCCGUCCUAACUUCAAUCACUAUCUCUUUGAAAUCUUUGGAUUGUCGAUUAAGAUCGUUUGCAAAACGAAUCCGGUAGCGGUCUCAUCGUUCGAGGAGGCACUAUUCCCGAUUUUCCAAGGCAUUUUACAACAAGAUAUUUUAGAAUUUGUACCAUACGUUUUUCAAAUUCUCGCUCUGCUUUUGGAAUUGCGAACUACGCCGGACCUACCAGAACCAUAUUUGGCUUUGUUCCCUUGCCUUUUGUCGUCCGUGUUGUUUGAACGUCAAACCAACAUUCGUUCGUUGAACCGUUUAUUAAGGGCAUUCAUUAGCCACGGCGCGCAACAUAUCGUCGCACAAGAAAAGAUGAGCGGAUUAUUAGGUGUAUUUCAGAAGCUGAUUGCUUCAAGAGUGAACGAUCAAGAGGGCUUUUUGCUACUUCAAAGUAUUAUCGAACACUUUGCGCCGAACGUGUUGGAGCCAUAUAUGAAACAAAUUUUUGUACUAUUCUUCCAAAGGCUUUCAUCAUCAAAGACAACGAAAUUCGUGAAGGGUCUAAUUGUAUUCUUUGCCUACUAUAUCAUCAGAUAUGGUUCAAGUAAUUUAAUUACUAUCGUCGAUCAAAUACAACCUCAAAUGUUCGGUAUGGUCGUGGAACGUGUACUACUAGCGGAUUUGCAGAAGGUAUCGGGCGAUAUUGAACGAAAAGUAACAGCAGUCGCAAUUUCAAAUUUACUGAUCGACUGCCCAGCAAUGCUAGAAAAUCCGUAUAGUACGUAUUAUCCGCGGUUAUUAGCGGCAUUAGUGGAAUUCUUCGAACUGCCGCAAAACCAGAGCACCAUACCUGAAGAUGAUAUGAUCCCAGAAACCGAGACUGUGCCUGGAUACCAAGUAGGAUAUAAUCAACUUAUAUGUGCGAAGAACCCUGCAAAGGAUCCUUUAGAAGCUAUUGGCGAUGUGAGGUUGCACUUGGCACAAGGACUAGGAAGAUUAUCCCCGGGACAAUUACCUAACCUUCUUGGUCAGAUUCCGGAACCCAAUGCAAAUCACCUAAGAACCUAUCUUCAAACAGCUGGAAUUACUGUUGCAUAAUACGAGCUAGAUGUUCGAGAUAAACUUAAGAUUCAUCUAAUUGCUCGGAAAAUGAACAAUAUUGAACUGAAUAAACUAUAACAAAAGAGUCGAAGGGCUACUUUUUCAGCGAUACGCGCAUUACGAACGUUUACAUCGCCUGAUCGUCUGUACGUUGUAUCGCUUGCCUAUCGUAUAACACCGAAUAUCUCAAGAAAUAUUUAUUAUUUUUAUGCGAUACCUUAAGGAAUAGGAAUAAGAGAUACGGAGUCUGCGACUCCAAAGAGUAUAACAGCUGUUACGAUAGAGCAGAGAUCGUUCAAAUAAUCGAAUCGCUGCUCCGUGGUAUUUCCGAUGCCUCGUGUUAUGCGAAACAUUCCCGAAGAAUUAAAUCAAUUUCUCAUUUUGUACGAUAAUAAAAGGAACAAAGC